UGUCAGUAGAAACGAUCGUAGCAGAAAACUUUGUAACUAAUAAAAAAUGUAUCGUGCUUGUGGACAGACCAGCUAAUACAUCAAAGUGAAAGUCUGAAAUCUCCGCUACGAGUCGCUACCAACAAGUGUACACGUAAAACUCAAAAAAAUUAAUUUUUGAAAUAGUAGGUUUAUUUCAAUUUGUAGAGUUGUACUACUUCAUUAGUAAAACUUGUAAGUCAUUGGAUAUCAUCGAUAACAGAAUUUUCGAUUUAACCAGAUUUCCAGUUCCUGACAAUUAUGUGCACUUCUUUAAAAAAACAGGAUGCUUCACAAUCUAAAAAUAUAGUGAAAUAUACCAAGAAGGUGUGCUUUAGUAUCUUGAAAUAUUGGAUUAUACAAUUGCACUACUUCUUGGAUUACAUCAUAGACUUUGUCUUUGGCAUCUAUUAUGAUAAAAAAGCCAAGAAAGUGCCAUCAGUGAAAGAUCCUUUGUUGUUAGAAAGUGCAGUUUCCUUGGCAGAAAAAAUUAGGACUAGGCAAAUUACAUCGGAAUGUGUUGUGAAAGCUUACAUCAAGAGAUGCAAAGAAGUAAAUGGUAUGAUCAAUGCUGUUGUAGAAGAAAGAUAUUUAGAUGCGAUCGAAGAAGCCAAAGUAGUGGACGCUAUGAUAGAAAAUGGUAUAAAUAUAGAAAUGAUAAAGAUAAAACAGCCAUAUCUGGGGGUUCCCUUUACCACCAAGGAGAGCAAUGAGGCUAAAGGAAUGAUCCACAGCAUGGGUAUAAUCCGUCGCCGUAACAUUCGUUCAGAAAAGGACGCCACAGUAGUAGGUUACUUAAAGGAUGCCGGUGGGAUUCUAAUUGCGAAAACCAAUGUCCCAGAGCUGAAUUUGUGGGUCGAAUCGAGAAAUAAAGUAUAUGGACAAACAAAUAAUCCUUAUAACACGACUAGGACUGUGGGAGGCAGCAGUGGGGGGGAAGGCGCCAUAAUUGCCGCGUGUGGUGCUGCAAUCUCCAUUGCCAGUGACAUAGGAGGUUCCACUAGAAUACCUGCAUUCUAUAAUGGAUUGUUUGGUCAUAAACCCAGCGAAAGAUUAACUCCAGUAGCUGGAAUCGGAUUGCGAAAGAAAGAUUAUCCAGACAGUAUGGUGGUAGCUGGGCCACUCUGUAAAAAAGCUGAAGAUCUGACGCCACUUUUAAAAGUGCUAAUCGGUGCUAAAAUAUCUAUGUUAAAACUAGACGAUCCGGUAAAUUUGAAGGACUUGAAGGUGUUUUAUCAAGAAAACUCCGGCGACUUGAGGGCGAGCAAAGUAAACAAAGCGAUGCGAGCGACGUUAAGGAAGGCGGUGGAACAUUUCAAGGAACUUACAGGUUCUGCAACAAUGAUCGAAAUACCAGGCUCUGAGUACAGCAUCUUACUGUGGAAGCACUGGAUGAACCGUGAAGGCUUCAACUUCAAGCUGGAAAUAACAGGCCGAGAGUACGUCACCAGCGCGAAAAGAGAGCUUUACAACUACAUCACUGGAUCUUCAGAAAUAACAUUUGCCGCCAUUGUUAAGAUGAUGGAUGAGGACUUUCUACCGAAGCCCAACGCAAAAUGGGCGGAAGAUGUCACUAAGAAGACGAAGGAAUUCCUAGCGGACAAACUCGGUGACGAUGGCGUGCUGUUUUAUCCUUCGGGCCCUUUCCCAGCUGUUUAUCAUUAUUCCAGUUUUUUACGUCCCUUUAACUUCGGUUACUUCUGUCUGUUCAAUGCCCUGCGAUUCCCAGUUUGUCAAGUACCAAUGGGCUUGGACGAACACGGCUUACCGGUUGGUAUUCAGGUGAUAGCUGCUCCCUACAACGAUCACCUAUGCAUCGCAGUGGCUAAAGAACUUGAGAGGGCGUUCGGAGGUUGGGUUCCUCCAUCGUAAAUUGUAUGCAAGGUAGCCACUUUCUUCUUAAAGAGAUUUAAGUUGUUCGGCAUUUUUCUAUUUCUAACUACUCUUAAACGACAUAUAUAAAUAAGACUACGGGAAAAGAGUGCACUAAGCGUUUUUGCUUGCAUUAUUUGUCAGUAAUCCACGGUGAUAGUAGGUUAAGUAAUUUUUUUGUAUCGCAUAUUUUUUACUUCCUAUUGUCAUUGCUAGUAUAUUCGAUUCUUUAUGGGACAUUGGUGUAUUGUUUUGUUGUUGAAUAGUUUGUAAGAUGGUGGUUGUUUAAUUGAAUAUAUUCCCAAUUCCAAGAGAUACGGGAAAAACGAGAAAA